AUGGAGCAGCCCCCUUCUCCUACAGACUCCACUACCCCUGAGGAAAAGAAAAAUUAUGAGAAGUGGGACCGUUCCAAUCGCAUGAGUCUUAUGAUCAUAAAGCGUGGCAUUCUAGAGUCAUUUAGGGGUACUAUAUCUGAAGUAAUAACAAGUGCCAAAGACUUCCUUGCCGAAAUUGAAAAGCGCUUUGCUAAAAGUGAUAAGGCAGAAACAAGCACACUCCUUCAAAGCUUGAUUUUUAUAAAGUAUAAAGGCAAAGGAAACAUAAGAGAGUAUAAUAUGGAAAUGUCUAACAUUGCUUUCAAACUUAAGGCACUAAAACUUGAGUUGUCUGAUGACUUACUCGUGCAUUUGGUAUUAAUAUCUCUUCCCGCACAAUUUGGUCAAUUUAAGAUAAGCUAUAAUUGUCAAAAGGAGAAGUGGUCUCUUAACGAGCUCAUUUCUUAUUGUGUGAAGAAGAAGAGAGGAUGA